AUGGCGAGUCAAUAUCUCAUGACGUGUUCGAGAGGAAGGAUCCUCAACCAGAGCUAUGGGGAGGACGAAGGGAAGAAGCGGAGGGUGAGGAGGAGGAGGUCGAAGAAGGAAGAAGGAUCGCAAGCUUCGCUAUGGGAUGCCAUGCGGCUGGCGAGACACAGAUACGUUGAGGACAAGCAAGGAACUGAGAGUGUGGUGAGCAGGACACGCUCCGCAGGGUGGGGAUCAGCCGAGAUGCUCGAUGUGCAGGAGAAGGAGGAGGAGAGUGUAAAGGAGGAUGUAAAGGAGGAGGCAGCAGGCUUACAGAAAAUUGAGGAGAAUGAUUUGCAGGCAGAGGAAGAGAAGGAGAGCGCGAGGGCUGCCCCCAACUUCGAGUUCAUCCUCAAACAAUCUCUCGAUGAGGAGGGGAACGAGCUUUGUGAGAUCUGCAUGGAGGACGUGGCAGAGGAUGGGAACGAGAUGGCAUGUAAGCGAGGACUUGAAGGCAUCAGCUGCAUCCUCUGCCCUGUCCGACAUGGCCCGAUGAAACCCACCGAUGAUGGUCGCUGGGCUCACGUUGCCUGCAUGCAUUUCGUCCCCGAGACGACAGCAGGUGACUGUGUGCGUCAAGAGCCGAUCACAGGCCUCCAGGAGGUACCUAUCGCACGUUUCAACAUGAAAUGUCUGGUCUGUCAGAGCAUGGAAGGCGCCUGCGUUCAGUGCGAUUAUAUCCCGACGUCGAAGAAGGCAAGAAAGAGAUGUCGAUCUAAGAUCGCGACCUCCAAGCACGGCGCGUGCUUCUCGUCGUUUCAUGUGAGAAGAAUGAGGAAUGGGGAGAUGAAAAGGAUGUAG